UUCAUUGAAAAAGCGAAGAAAAAUCAUUUUGAGGUUAGAUUGGGUUAGAUUGUCAUCUCUGGGUUACAUAAUUUGGUCCGCCCUACAGAAAUAACUAAGUAAAUUUUAAAAUGUUGGGGGCUGUUAGCAGGGUUGGUAGCGGCUUUCUAGCCGCUAAGACAGUAGCCGAAAAAGCUCUUGCAGAAUGUGGCAAAAUCGCGGCUGUUACAGUGAACAAGAGAGAUUAUGCUACCGCAGGCAAAGGGCAAGGUAAGGUGGUGGCAGUAAUUGGUGCCGUAGUGGAUGUUCAAUUCGACGAUAACCUUCCACCCAUUCUAAAUGCUCUUGAAGUGCAAAACCGUUCGCCACGUCUGGUCCUCGAGGUUGCGCAGCACUUGGGUGAAAACACCGUACGUACCAUUGCCAUGGACGGUACCGAAGGUCUCGUCCGCGGCCAACCGGUUCUCGACUCCGGCUCUCCUAUCCGGAUUCCCGUCGGCGCUGAAACUCUCGGCCGCAUCAUCAACGUAAUCGGAGAGCCCAUCGACGAGCGCGGCCCCAUCCCCACAGACAAAACUGCCGCGAUCCACGCCGAAGCGCCCGAGUUCGUGGAUAUGUCUGUGCAGCAAGAGAUUCUGGUCACGGGUAUCAAGGUCGUUGACCUGCUCGCGCCCUACGCCAAGGGCGGCAAGAUCGGCCUGUUCGGCGGCGCCGGCGUCGGCAAGACCGUGCUCAUCAUGGAGCUCAUCAACAACGUCGCCAAGGCGCACGGCGGUUACUCCGUGUUCGCCGGAGUUGGCGAGCGCACGCGCGAGGGUAAUGACUUGUACCACGAGAUGAUCGAGUCCGGCGUCAUCUCCCUGAAGGACAAGACCUCCAAGGUAGCGCUGGUGUACGGGCAGAUGAACGAGCCGCCCGGCGCGCGCGCCCGCGUCGCGCUCACCGGCCUGACCGUGGCGGAGUACUUCCGCGACCAGGAGGGCCAGGACGUCCUGCUCUUCAUCGACAACAUCUUCCGCUUCACACAGGCCGGCUCGGAGGUGUCUGCCUUGCUGGGGCGCAUCCCCUCCGCCGUGGGCUACCAGCCCACACUGGCCACGGACAUGGGCACCAUGCAGGAGCGCAUCACCACCACCAAGAAGGGCUCCAUCACCUCGGUGCAGGCUAUCUACGUGCCAGCCGACGACUUGACCGACCCUGCUCCCGCCACCACCUUCGCUCACUUGGACGCCACCACGGUGCUGUCCCGAGCCAUCGCGGAGCUGGGCAUCUACCCCGCGGUGGACCCUCUUGAUUCAACCUCGCGUAUCAUGGACCCCAACAUCAUCGGCGCCGAGCACUAUAACGUGGCCCGCGGCGUCCAGAAGAUUCUGCAGGACUACAAGUCCCUGCAGGACAUCAUUGCCAUCCUGGGCAUGGACGAGUUGUCAGAGGAGGACAAGCUGACCGUGGCACGUGCGCGCAAGAUCCAGAGGUUCCUCUCCCAGCCCUUCCAGGUCGCUGAGGUGUUCACUGGCCACGCUGGAAAACUUGUCCCACUGGAGGAAACCAUCAAGGGCUUCUCUAAAAUCUUACAAGGAGAAUAUGAUCAUCUCCCAGAGGUAGCUUUUUACAUGGUUGGACCCAUUGAAGAGGUUGUGGCUAAGGCAGAAACUUUAGCUAAGAGUGCAUAAUUAUUGUUAUAACUGAGAUGGCAAUGUAACCUUAUUUGAUAAUAAAUUUAGUUAUAAAUAA